CACGCGCUUGACCCAAGCCAAGGCUUAGCCAGUUAGCCUAGCCGUAGCCGUUAGCCGAGCACAGAGCACACAGGCCAGCACCACGUCUCGGUCUACCCGGCUCCCCCUGCCUCGUCCCUGCUCCCCCACCACACCUCCGCAUCGACGACGACGCCUUCGCUCCUUCCUUCCUCAGUUCCUCGCCCGCUCCACAGCAAACCGGAAUCCUUCCUCCGGCUCCACCACCGUUCCGUCACACACGUACGGCAGCGACGGUUCACCGGUAAGGCUGGCUCUCUCCUGCGGUUUCCUCGAUCUAAUCCCAUCGAAACAAAUCGUCUCCAUAAAUUUCUCUAUUUUGAUUUUUUGUUGGGUUUCAACCAUUAAUUGUAGUGUCCUCCAUCUCAACUGUUGCUAUCCAAUAGCGUAAUUUACCCCUCAUAACUAUAAUUGUAACGUUGGAAUUUUCCUUUUGUUAUUGCCUCUACUAAUUCAAAUUUCUUUCUCCAAUUCGUGAUAUUUCAUCAUCUGGUUUGAUCCGAGAACAAAAUUAUACAUUAUUGACUUAUUGCAUGUUCAGAUUGCUUGCAACCAAUGCAAUCCUCUUGCUUUUUUUUUUUCCAUUACAGAUUGCCGGAAGAGACAUGAAUGGGAGCGUGGAGCCGCAGACCCCGCCGGACAGCCCCUCCAUGGACGUCGGUGUCGGCAAGCCGCCGCGCCACCAACUCACCUCGAUCCGCCACUGCGCCAGCAGCAUGCGCAUCGCCGCCGCCGCCGCGUCCUCCGACUACGGCAUGGAUUUGGGGACGCUGAGCUUGAUCUCGCCCACGGACGUCCGGCCGGGGUUCCUGCCCGUGUUCCGAUCGGGGAGCUGCGCUGAGAUUGGGCCCAAGUCGUAUAUGGAGGACGAGCACGUAUGUGUGGACAACCUUAUCGAGCACCUCGGGGGGCGCGCCGCCGGCAUCCCUGCCCCGGGCGCCUUCUACGGGGUGUUUGAUGGUCAUGGCGGUACAGAUGCAGCAUGCUUUGUUCGCAAGAACAUACUCAAAUUCAUUGUUGAAGAUAUGCAUUUCCCCAACAAUGUUGAAAAGGCAAUAAGAGGUGCAUUUCUGAAGGCUGAUCAUGCACUAGCAGAUUCCCAUUCCCUUGACAACAAUUCUGGAACCACUGCAUUGACGGCUCUUAUAUUUGGCAGGACACUGUUCGUUGCGAAUGCAGGUGAUUGUCGAGCUGUUCUAGGAAAAAGAGGUCGGGCAGUGGAACUAUCGAGAGACCAUAAACCCAACUGCAAGAGUGAGAAGAUUAGAAUUGAAAAACUAGGUGGUACUGUUUUUGACGGCUAUCUUAAUGGUCAGCUAGCAGUAGCACGGGCACUUGGAGAUUGGCACAUGAAAGGCCCGAAAGGCUCAAUUAGCCCUCUGAGUGCAGAACCUGAGCUGCAGGAGAUUGUACUUUCUGAAGAAGAUGAGUUCUUAAUAAUAGGCUGUGAUGGGCUUUGGGAUGUGAUGACCAGUCAGUGUGCUGUGACGAUCGUAAGGAAAGAACUGAUGCAACAUAACAACCCAGAGAGGUGCUCAAGUGAGCUAGUCCAGGAAGCGCUGAAACGGGAUAGUUAUGAUAACUUGACUGUUGUGGUUAUAUGUUUCUCAUCCAAUCCACCCCCUCAAAUUGACAUCCCAAGAUCCCGAGUCCGAAGAAGCAUUUCCUUGGAAGGGUUGCAUUUACUCAGGGGAGCUCUGGACAGGAAUGCCUGAUCUCAAUCCAUUCUUCUACUAGUCAUUUCUUGUUUUAUCAUCCAAUUUUGCUGAAUAAAUCCAGUAGAAUUACAGGAAAUUUUGUCAGAGAGGCUUUAGGCUAAUUAUUUGCGGAGUUGAGGUACAAUUUAUUUGUAUCGGCAAGCAAGAUUUGUAUUGUCAACAAUGUAACUAUGAGCAAAUCCCUUUUCUUUUGGUGCAUACAAAAGUUGCAUUUGCUGUAUGGUUGAUCAGAUGCCCCAUACUGCUCUUAA